CGAAGAGGAGCCUCUGAUAUCCUCCUAUAGCUGUAUGUGUGAGAAUCUUGUGGAGAUGAUGAAUAACAAUAAUAGCUUGUGUGUAUUUAGCAGCAGGCCUUGUGGUAAGCACUUUUCAUUUCACUUCCCAUGAGGUAGGCUGUAGUAUAUUCCCAUUUUAGUUGAACUUUGGGGGAAGGAGGUGCUCAUGACUUUUAAUGAGAGCUCCCACCCGCGGGGGUUUCUGUGUUAGAAGGUGUAGGUUGGAUCCGAGAACUUGCAUUAUUAGUAAGUUCACAGUGAUGCUGACCCAAUUUGGGUAUGAACGAAUUAGAGGAACAUUUCAUGUUUUUAAACGAAGACUGCACGAGAGAGGGAUAUUCAUUGUUCAAUUUAAAUCUCAGUCCCCAAAACUCAAGAGAGGUGAAGCAGUUCUCCCAGGAUGAAAGAAUGCUCCACCUGUUGGAGACGGCGGAGGACGCGGCGUUGUCACAGGUGACCACGGAAAUCUGGACGCGUCGCCUUUAAGAGGGGUUCUGGCCCUCCGCGACCAAAUUCCUCCCCGAUCUUUCUCCCUCCACCAGACUCCGCACCGCUGUCGUGGAGAGCCGGAAAGUUGGUAUGAGGACACAAACUCCUUUACCCAGAAGUCUGUGCCCGGCGCAUCCGCGCUGCGCCAAUGACAGUCCGGAAGAUGGGCGUUUCCUGCCGCCCUUGCCGGCAGAGGCGGGACUUCCGGCGUCGCGGCCGUGACGUGUUUUGCUUGCGCCAAGGCUGUCGGGAGUGGCUGAGGAGGUUGGCUGGGAGGCCUUGCUGGGGUCCGCCUUCCAUGCGGCUCUUCGGAAGCGAACAGGGAAGGACAGUAGAAAGGAUAGGAUCUCCCUCCGCGUCGUUGUUAGGAUCCAUGGUCCCCGUCGUGUUACGGGCCGCCUUGCGCGGAGGUGCUGGCCGGGGCUGUGCUCUUUCCGAGGCCUUCGCACCCGCCCUCCGUCCUCGUCCGCUUCCAGAGGCGGCACCCUGAGCCUGAGCGCUUUUUUACAAGGGGGAGCCUGAGGCUCUGAGUGCGACAGUCGUCCCGAGGCCACUCCGCCCAGUGUGGGGUGGGGGUUCGGCUGCUUCCGCAGAGCCCGCUCCAGUCGCCAGUUUCUCGACCCGGUUCUGCUCAGAGGAUCCCAUGGCGGCCGCGGGGCUUAUGGACCGAGCUCAGGGCUGUGUGACCUUUGAGGAUGUACUUGUGUACUUCUCCCGGGAGGAGUGGGAGCUCCUUGAGGAAGUUCAGAGACUCCUGUACCGUGAUGUGAUGCUGGAGAACUUUGCACUUGUGGCCUCGCUGGGUCUUCAGUUGUGGCACGUGUGGGAUCUUCAUUGAGGUGCACAGGCUCAGUAGUUUUGGCACGUGGGAUCUUAGUUCCCUGACCAGGGAUCGAACCCGCAUCCCCUGCAUUGUACAGCGGAUUAUUUACCACUGGAACACCAGGGAUGUCCCGGGGCUAAUUAUUCCAAGUUCUAUUUUUGAAUUAGGUCUCCACCUUCACAUUUAACACCAUUGGUAAAAUGACAUGAAACAGCUGCUCUUAACAUCAGCACCUCUGUGACUCCCAACUGUUGAAAUUAGGAAUUCUUUCUAGUCUGUCUGAAAAUCUCCUAUAGUUUAAAAAUAUUUUUGUUUUAAUGAUUAAAUUACUAUACAGUCGAUUUUUCCUGGUCAUGGACCACCAGACAAGAGACUCAUAAAUCAUAGGCAUCCUUAUUCCUGAAACUAUGAUUAAGAAAUGUCACCAGAUGAUUAAACCCAGCUUCUUUGUUCCUCCCCUCUAAAACCCCACAACUCAAAGACCCAAUUGCAGUGGGUGUCAGACUUGUCUCCCACUCCCUUGAUUGGUGCCCUGCAACAAACCCUUACUUUGCUGCAAACACUCAAUGUCAGUUUGGCUUUUGCUCAGUUACAGUAGGGGGUCUGAGCAAAAGCGAAAGAGUAGGGGGAGAGGUGCUAAGGAGAGAGAUCAGAAGGAUAAGGGGGUGGGAGCACUGGAUGUGGGAGGCUACUGCAGGACAAAGAGAGGGUGGAUUUACAGGGGAAUGAGUCUACUUUUUUCCUGCUGAAGUUUGUCGACUUGCUCAUUAGUUUUGGCCAAAAAAUCUUUUAGUGAUGUAACUUUUUAAACUUUUUUUUUUCACGUGUAUUUAUUUUUGGCUGUGUUGGGCCUUCGUUUCUGUGAAAGGGCUUUCUCCAGUUGUGGCAAGUGGGGGCCACUCUUCAUCGCAGUGUGCAGGCCUCUCACUAUCACGGCCUCUCAUUGCGGAGCACAAGCUCCAGACGCGCAGGGUCAGUAGUUGUGGCUCACGGGCCCAGUUGCUCUGCGGCAUGUGGGAUCUUCCCGGACCAGGGCUCGAAACCGUGUCCCCUGCAUUGGCAGGCAGAUUCUCAACCACUGCACCACCAGAGAAGCCCUAGUGAUGUAACUUUUAUUUCAGAACUUAAUUUGGAGUCCUCUGCAUACUAAGAAAAAAUACUAUCCAUUGGGCCUGAGAACUCUUUCCUUUAUUUUCAAAGGUGUCUUUCAAAUUAACCCUUUUGUUCAAAUCAAGUGUCCCCCAGAGUGGCCAUUGAAGGCCCAAAUCAUCCUUAGGAUAGUUAUGCUAUUCAGAAACACAGGCACACAGGACUUCCCUGUGUGAUCCAGACAGCGCAGGAAAAAAAACCCAAAAAACAAAAAAUAUAACUCAAAGGACAUCAAAAACGGUAUGAAAAGGAAUGGCAUGAUCCACCAAGUAUCUCAAACAACAGGGAACUAACAAUAAAAUCCAGGUGUCAAACUGAGAACGAAAAGCCACGAAACUCAACACAGAGCAGAGUUUAGACCUACUGCUGACUUACCAUGUCUUCACGGACUCAAGUUGACCUUGAGCAGCAAGGCACAAGGGACAUAUGUGGGUACUGCAGCUGGUGGAAGGCUGGGGUCUGCGGUGACAGGCAGUGCAGACGGUAUCUCAGUGGGACUUCCACAAUAAACAUAAUAUGUUGUAACAUAGCUUCUACAGUGGAUAUAUCCAGUUUAUCUUGUUCCUUUUCUCCACUGAACGUUGAUUAGUGAGACACAGGCUCAACAGUAGUGUGAGCUGGAGGACUGAUGAUACUCAGUGUGGAAGCUCCUUACAACUUCUCCUAUUACUAUUUUACCUUCUUAAUCUGAAUUUGUCUUAAAAAUUAUUUUUUCACGUGCUUUGACACUAGUUGAGGAAAUCAUACAUCUCUCAUGCUUAACAGUUAGUAACCUGUCCAUCAUUUUCAAUUUUGAAUGAACAACUGCGUAUCAUACAAAGACCUUGGAGAGGACUUUUACCACAUUUAGUGAAUAUUCACUCUUCAGGAAAUUCAUCACAAAAUUUACAUUUGCAUUUUCCAUUUUUGUAUUCAGUAUAUGUAAAAUAUAGAUAACAGCAAGUUCAGCAAGAAUAGAAAAUAUUGCCUUUUCAAUCUCACGUGUGUAUCAGUUUGUCACAAGUCCAAACUCAUAACUAUCAUAAGUUUUAACAGGUUGAACCGUUGAAAGGUUUGCAAACUUGUGAACUAACAGUGAAUUGAACUUGGUAUCUGACUCAACAACAAAAAAAGGAAAUUCCUGUUUGCCUGCCUGUAAGGGAGAGUUCUAAUUGUCAGGCAGUCACCUCAAAAAAAGCCAGAGCAGGUCUCAUAUGAGUUUUUGGGAAGUCUGGUAUUCAGGAAUCGGCAGACUUUCAGAAACAGGCAUAUUUAAGGAUUGAAACCUAUCCAUAAAGGAGAGCGAAUUAUCACAUGUCAUUUCCUGCCAAGAUAGCUUGUGACCUUCUAACCUUCGAAGCCUGGGUAUGAAGGGGGCAUCCCACUCGAGAGACAAAGGUUUGGGAUUCCAUGAUCCCAUCUCCUUGAUGGGAACUGAUUUAUCAAGUAACCUGAAAUUGCAGCAACACUGAAUGCACAGGGAGUUGAAAUCAUCUCUGAAAAAUACUUGAAAUGAAUAUUACAGAAAGUUAUUAACAGUGAUUAUGUAGUUACUCAAUUAAAUUAGGAAAAAUAGUUCUAGAGGGUUUCCCUGGUGGUGCAGUGGUUAAGAAUCCGCCUGCCAAUGCAGGGGACACGGGUUCAAGCCCUGGUCCGGGAAGAUCCCACAUGCAGCAAAGCAACUAAGCCCGUGCACCACAACUACUGAGCCUGUGCUCUAGAGCCCGUGAGCCACAACUACUGAGCCCGUGUGCCACAACUACUGAAGCCUGUGCACCUAGAGCUGGUGCUCUGCAACAAGAGAAGCCACGACAAUGAGAAGCCCGCGCAGUGCAAUGAAGAGUAGCCCCCACUCAAUGCAACUAGAGAAAGCCCGUGCACAGCAAUGAGACCCAACACAGCCAUAAAUAAAUAAAUAAAUAAAUAAAUAAAUAAAUAAAAAACUGAAUACAUAUCAAAAUGUGGAGUAAGAAAUAUGUGUUGGUCACUGGAUGGGACACCAUCACUGGCUCUAUGACUGAAGCCCACGCCUAUAGCCCGUGCUCCACAACAAGAAGCCACCACAAUGAGAAGCCCGUGCACCACAAUGAAGAGUAGCUCGCUGCAACUAGAGAAAGCCCACGAGUAGCAACAAAGACCCAAGCAGCCAAAAAAAAAAAUAGUUCUAGAGAAACAUAUCUGUUACAGGUGAAAGAAAGUUAAAGAAAGUUAAGCUCAGUAGCUACAGUUUAUUACAGUGAAAGGAUACAGAUUAAAAGCGGUAAAGGAAGAUGGCGCUAUAGGACAGAGUCCAAGUGGGACCACAUUGCCAGGUUCCAGUUGCCCCCUCGCUUAAGUCUCACAGCAUCAAUUUGUGACAGCACACAUGGAGUACUGCUAACCAGGGAACCUCACACAAGCCUUGGUGUUGUCCAGGGUUCUUUUGGAGUAUCUGUCACACACAGGGACACCUGUGUGGCUGACCUUACUCCCUAGCUUCUCCAAAUGUCAAACUGAUACAGAGACCUAAGGCCCCCCCACCAUAAAUCACAGUAUUAGCAUAAACUGCCUAGCACAACCCAAGGGCCAGGUAAAUAAAGACACUUUUAUUAGUGAAUGUAUCGAGAGCUUGGAGAUUGUCUCGCAGGAGCUGGGCAAGUAAGUGCCACACAUUUCUUUGAAAUGAAUAGACUGGACAGCUCAGGCCUGUGAUGUCAUCCUUUACACAGGUCAAGUGAAAAUACUCAAAACUUGUCCCUUCGGAAUUCUUUUACAUUUUAUCCUAAUCUAUGUUCUCAGUGUUAUUUAUGGGUAUCUGUAUAAUGGAAACAGACUGUAAUGGUGUGCUACUUCACAUCUUCCCAAGUCCACACUGGGUGACCUUGAAACCAUGCCCCAUAGGGUUAACAGAAGCUGGUGAGUAACAGAAAUCCUUGAGUUUGUCUUACAGAACCACAGAUAAUGGAACAGCUUGUCAAAACCCCUCUGCUUGUAAACUGCCUUCACUGAUUAAGCUUGUUUUAGCUUUUUUCUCUCUUUAGUUGCAUAUGCUCCAAGCUUCAUAUGGCCUAAGUAAUAUCACAAGACUCCCUAACGACCCCUGUAAAUAACACCUCUGAUGUAUGGAUCACUAUAGUAAAGGGAGCCCCAGUUGUUUUUGUUUUUGUUUUUGCUUUUGGCUGUCUUGGGUCUUUGUUGCUGCAUGCGGGCUUUCUCUACUUGUGGCGAGCAGGGACUACUCAUCGUUGUGGUGCACCGGCUUCUCAUUGCAGUGGCUUCUCAUUGCAGAGCAUGGGCUCUAGGCGCGUUGGCUUAAUUGCUCCACGUCGUGUGGGAUCCUCCCGGACCAGGGCUUGAACCCGUGUUCCCUGCAUUGGUAGGCAGAUUCUUUUUUUUUUUUUUUUUUUGCGGUACGUGGGCCUCUCACUGUUGUGGCCUCUCCCGUUGCGGAGCACAGGCUCCAGACGCGCAGGCUCAGCAGCCAUGGCUCACGGGCCCAGCCUCUCCGCGGCAUGUGGGAUCUUCCCAGACCGGGGCACGAACCCGUGUCCCCUGCAUUGGCAGGCGGACUCUCAACCACUGUGCCACAAGGGAAGCCCGGCAAGCAGAUUCUUAACCACUGUGCCACCAGGGAAGUCCACCCAGUUGUUAUUUUAGGAACUUAAGAGUCAGCUCUUACACACUUUGAGCUAGUUAAGACUGAUUGUAACUACCAACCCGUAAAAUUUGGCCUGCACAAGUGUUCAGUGAAUGCCCUUUGGACAUCAGAUGGCCAAAAACUCCACCCUCAGAUCAUGCAAAGUGACUAUUUCUGAACAUGCAUCCCAUGAAGAAACAUGUAAUGCAGAUACAUCCGCACACACCAAUCACCUCACAUUUUCUCACACCCUAUCACCUUUCCCCACACCUAAGACCACCGUGUGUCUUUAUCCCAUAAAUAACUCAAGGACCCCAACUCCAGGGAGGUGGAUCUCAGGCUUGCUCUCCUGUCUCCUCCAUUGGCUGCCCUGUGAAUGAAUUUUUUCUCUCCCACAAACCUUGGUGUCUCAGUGUUUGGCUUGUGCACCUCUGGAAAUGCUACCUGGUUUGGUAACAACCUCAUGUUCACAACUUGAAAUUGCCACAGUUGGAGUAUGUGUACCAGGGAAAUUGGCAAACACUACAACCAAGGGUCGAUUCAUUGUUUUAUUACUUGUCUAGACUUAAGAAAGUAACGGGGCUUCCCUGGUGGUGCAGUGGUUGAGAAUCUGCAUGCCAAUGCAGGGGACACGGGUUCAAGCUCUGGUCCGGGAAGAUGUCACAUUCCACAGAACAACUAAGCCCAUGUGCCACAACUACUGAGCCUGUGCUCUAGAGGCCAUGAGCUACAACUACUGAAGCCUGCAUGCCUAGAACCUGUGCUCCACAGCGAGAGAAGCCACCGCAAUGAGAAGCCUGCACACCGCAACGAAGAGCAGCCCCCGCUCGCCGCAGCUCCCACCAACGAAGAUUCUACCCAGCCAAAAAUCAAUUAAAAAAAAAAAGUAAUGGAGAAUAAGUUAAUGGGGACUGUACGCUGGGAAUAGCACAAACAUUCCACCCAGCAAAGUAACUUCAGAAAACUCAAGUUCUAACACAUUUCUUUUAUUGUCUUCUUAGUUAUUAUAAAAAGGGAAAUAUCAGCCAACAUUCACUACUAGUUGGAAAAUAACUACUGUGAACAUCUAAGAUACACAGCUGGCAAAUGAACACAUUAAAAAUGUUCAACAUGAUGAACCAUUAGGGAAAUGUCAUCAGACCACAGUAAGAUAACUCUACACACUUUUAAAACAGGUUAAUAUUUAAUACAUUUAAUAUAACAACCAAGUACAGGUGAAGGAUAUAGGGGAACUUGAAUCCUCCCAUACAAUUGAUGGGAAUGCAAAAGGGUCCAGUCAUUCACUUUAGAAGGUGAAACCAUAUAUUCAUAUAAAGGAUUUUAUGUACAUUCAUAAUAAGAUUAUCUGUGAUAGCCAAACCAGAAACAAACCACAAAACCCCAUCAUUUAACAGAUGAAUGGAUAAACAAUCAAAGGGUGGUAUAUCCAAACAGUGUAUUUUUCAGGAAUUAAAACAAUAAACUAUUAUGGAAUUCCCUAGUGGUCAAGUGGUUAGGACUCCGUGCUUUCACCACUCAGGGCCUGGGUUCAGUCCCUGGUCAGGGAACUAAGAUCCCACAAGCCUUGUGGCAUGGCAAAAAGAAAAAAAAACAGAA